CGGGGGCUGGGCGGGCAGUGUCGCGGUGCUGGCCGGGCGGAGAGGGCGGUGUGGCGGCGGAGCGGCCCGAGCGCACGACACUCCUCCUGGCUGGGGCGGUGGAAGGAACGCAUUUUGAAUCCAGGCUUGGCCUGAAUCCCAGUGGAAACCACACGCCGGAAACAAGAACUCUGAAAUCAUGGCAGGGAAACCCAAGCUGCACUACACCAAGGGAAGGGGGAAGAUGGAGUCAAUCCGAUGGCUGUUAGCAGCAGCUGGGGUUGAGUUUGAGGAACAAUUCAUAGAAACAAAAGAAGACCUAGAAAAAUUACGCAAUGAUGGAGUUCUGCUGUUUCAGCAAGUGCCCAUGGUGGAGAUCGAUGGGAUGAGGAUGGUGCAGACCAGAGCCAUCCUCAGCUACAUAGCAGCAAAGUACAACCUCUAUGGAAAAGACUUGAAGGAGAGAGCCUGGAUUGAUAUGUAUGUGGAAGGAACUACAGACCUGAUGGGAAUGAUCAUGUAUCUCCCUUUUCAACCAGCUGAUACAAAAGAAAAGAAUCUUGCCUUAAUCAUUGAACGAGCUACAACCAGGUACUUUCCUGUUUAUGAAAAGGCCUUAAAAGAUCAUGGACAGGAUUAUCUUGUUGGCAACAAAUUAAGCUGGGCAGACAUCCAUCUGCUGGAAGCCAUUUUAAUGACAGAAGAAUGUAAGCCUGAUAUACUGUCUGCAUUUCCUCUGCUACAGGCUUUUAAAGGAAGAAUCAGCAACAUUCCAACAAUCAAAAAAUUCUUGCAGCCUGGCAGCCAGAGGAAGCCACCAACAGAUGAGAAGUUUGUUGCUGUUGUGAGGAAAAUAUUCAAUAUCUAAUCUGCUGAAGAUAGCACAACUAUAGUAUGUUACCAGAGCUGUGCCUUGUAAGUGUAAAUUGCAUACCUGUGCUCCGUAGCUUGCAUCACGUAGUUAGUGUUGAAAAAGAAUACACUUUUAAAUUAGAGUAAAAGACUAAUUUGGACCUGUUGAGUGCAGAAAAUGGUAUUUCAUUGAGCAGUUACAUGAAAUAAAAUAUACUGAUACUUUG